AUGUUGGGAUUUGACUGGAAGAAUGAGAUUAUGGGAUUUCAGACACUUCCAGUUGUGGUGCUUUCUCGAAGGGUUUUGGGUGAUUCUUGUGAUGAUGUUGUAGCUUUCGUGUUGGAGAAGUCUGAAGGGCAGAAUUGUCUUUUUGAAAGGCCAUGCCGACAUAUUAUUAGAGAAAUUGUUGUGUAUAUUCAAGAUAAAGAUUUGAAUUUCCUUAUAUGGAAUUAUACCAAUCUUGACACUUCCUUUGCGAAAGGUAACGAGCAAAUCCCUCCUCCUCUUCCUCUCUCUCUCAGUCUCUCUCUCUCUCUCACUCUCACUCAGAGGUUUUCAGAGCGAUUUCCGUUUUCGAGGUUUUACAGCGAUUCACGUUUUCAUCUGAGGUUUUUGAUGAUGAAGAAGUUUCAGGAGGAAGUUCACAGUGAUGAUGGAUCUUACGAAUUGAUCGACUUUAAUGAUUAUGCUGGGGACAUGGAACAUCUGAAUACUACAACAAACGAUCACUCGGGGUUCCAAGAUUCAAGCAAUAAAGAUGAUGGCAAUGAUGAAGAAGAAGAUGAUAAUGAAGGAGAAGAAGAAGUAUCUGGCAUGGAUUUUGCUGAUAGUAGGAAAAUUACGGUAAUACCCCUGUCCACGGAUUAUGAUGAAGACACACCGAUAAAAGAAGUAUCAAAAACCUACAUCCUCCAAUACCUUCCCGCCAAAUCAUUAGCCAGGUGUCGUCUUGUCUCUAAAGAAUGGGAUUCAUGGAUAUCAAGCCCAUUCUUCAAACACUCCCAAAGUCAACAUUUUAGUCAAACUUCAGGCUUUUUUCGAGAUGAAGAUAAAACUACUACUCACUUCAUCUCUCUUGACUACUUCUCUUAUGGGGUUCCUUACCCUUGUUUAUCUUUCCUCCCAAAAAAAGCUUUCUUAAAAAGCUCAUGCAACGGGUUGCUUCUUUGCCAAUCUUUUGAAGAUGAUGAAAAUUACGUUUGUAACCCUGCAAACAAACAGUGGAUUGAGCUUCCAAAAUAUAGUUUCUACCAUGGAAAAGAACCAAAAGGUGUGCUCGCCUUUGAACCUUCUUCUUUAGAGUUUGAACCAUAUUAUCAAGUUAAAUGUCCAUUCUCUAUACCAGGUGAGGAACCCAUUUUGUAUUUUGACAUAUAUGAUUCAAAGACAAAAUCAUGGAGGAUUUGUGAUGAGAUAUGUACGGAUUUGAAUGAAUCUGAUAUAAAAACCGAUGGCAUUUUCGUAAAUGGAGUUGUUUACUGGGAAACGACAGGUGGCAAGUUGUUAGCCUUUGAUAUGAAGAACGAGAUCUACGGUAUUCAAACACUCCCUGUAUUUGGUGGCGUAUUGUCGAAGGUGCAUGGAGAGAUAUGUUAUGUAAAAGGGUAUUAUCGUUAUUCCGACAAAGAGUUCGUAUUGAAUGUUCAUCAUGGUGGUGGUUUAAUGUCAUUGAAAAACACCAUCACUUUUGGUGUUCCUUGUGAUGAUGUUAUUGUUGAAAGUGGUAAUAAGAAGGUGGUUAAAUGCGAAAUUUUGGGUAAUUCAUGUGAUGAUGUCGUUGCUGUGAUUUUGAAGAGGUCUCAAUGGCACGAAAGUCUUUUUGCCUAUCAUGUCAAAGAUCGAAGGGUCGAGGGCCCGUGGUUUCUCCAACGGUAUUUUAAAAAAGGAUCGAUUUGUCACAAAUAUCAAUUAUUUGAAUCCAAGGUGUCACAAGGAUCGAUUAGUCUUCAUGGCUACAACCAGAAGUUAGGAAUGCAGUAAUUAAUUGGAUGUUGUUUAUUUAAUUGAUUAACAGGGAAUCUUGAGAUUUGGGGCGACUUUGAAUUAGAAAAGAACAUGAGUUUGCAUGUGAUAUAAAGCAGUGAUGGAAGCCCAAGAUCUAAAUCAGAGUCUAGUUUUUGAAGCCCGAGGCUGGAAGCCAGAGUCUAGUUUUUUGUUUCAACCUGGGCUUUUAACGGUCCAUUUCGAGUCAUAAAUACACAGAAGCCGGUUUAUGAUUGACUCAUUCUCUUCAUCUGGUCCUUCACUAAUAUAUAUUGACAACUAUAUGAAAAUUGCUCAGUCCGUCACUCUCUCUCUAAAAGAAGUGCAGGUUCCUUGAAAUCCGAUUACAAGUAAUGAAAAUGGUGUUAGUGGCUGAUUGGGGAGAUGGUAGUGUGGUGGCCUAGCAAAGAUGACAAUGCGGGGAUAAAUUAAUCCUUACACAAAACUAGGGCUUACACAUAUCUGGUUUAGAAUCAUUUGUACAUAUCUUCAUCAAACUCUUUCCAUAAAUUAGACGUUUGUUGUGACAGAUAGUUGUGUCAGAGGCGGUAGGGUGGAAGGAUCGUUGUACGAUCUUAAGAUCCUACAAAAGGAUCGUUGUACGAUCUUAAGAUCCCAAACUUAUGUUCGAUCUUGCUACAAACUAAUCAUAUUGAGUUUUGUAUCAUUUUUGGCUUAUAGGAUCAC